AUGAAUGAAGACAAUCAAGAAGUAGUGAGUGAAGACAGUCAAGAAGUUAUGUCUGAAGAAGAACAAUCAAUCCAGCCAAAUCCACCAUCCAAUAACAAAAAUUCGGAUGAGAAAAUCGGAUCAUCUGUGUUUGUAGUAGGAGUUUCUUCUGAUGAUAUAGAUAAUUUACUAGAAAUUCCUUUUGAAAAGUUGAUAGAAGUUGAUCAAACAACUGAUAAAGCAAAGGACUUCAAGAUGAAAAUAGAUAAUUUGAACAAAAUAACAACUCCAGAGAAAGAAACGCAAGAUGAAGAGCAAUCAUCAACUUCCAUAUUACCAACAGAAGAACAAUUAACCGAUGAAGAAACAGCAAGCAACUCAAUUACAACAAAACAGGCAACAAAAAAACAAGCUAACAAAAGAGGAAGAAAGAAGAAAGAAGAGAAACCAGCAACAGAACUAAGAAGAUCACACAGGUUACAAAAAAAACAAGUAAAUUACGAAGAGGAUGAGGAUGAUGAUGAUGUUGAAGAAGAACCAGAACCCCAAACAAAGAAAACAAAACCAAAUACUGAAGAAAAGAAAAAUUUAAAUUCUAAAAUUAAUGAUUACAUUGAACCUGUUCAGAAAUCAACAUUUGCAAGUGCAAGUGGUAGUAAUAAUUCUAAUAAAAUUCUAUAA